GUUGGCUAGCUGUUAUAUCGGUCAGGAGUUUCAGUCGAGGCUGUAGCUUACAGUCAUUAUAGCCACAUUUCCCCUUUCAAGUCAGUCUUUGCUGUUACUCGUGCCGUGCUAAGUAUCUAGGUUAGUUAGCUAGUUAGCUAACGAGGACCAAAAAAAAAAUUGAAUGCCCAUGGCCGAAAAGAGGCUGAUGGAUGUUAAAUUAGGAGAGUUUAUGGCGUGGAUAGGCACGAAGGACUUAUCUCCAAACGGAAUCAUCGCUGCUGUUGUCAGGGGCCACGACAGAUACUACAACAAGUACAUAAAUGUGAAGAAGGGUGGCAUUGGUGGGGUUGCUAUGCUCCUGACAGGUUAUGUCAUCCUAAGCUACGUGUGGGAAUAUGAUCACAUCAAACAUGACCGCUGGAGGAAGUAUCACUGAAGAUUCUUGAGCCGUGUCAUUCUUCAGAGUUAUGUGAAUAACACAUGUGCACCCAUUCUGCAUCUGCACCAAGUGAUAUGUGACCAAAAUAAAAAUGUAAUGUGUUGUGGCCCCGUUUGAAUCAUA